GUUUGUACCGUACAGGCACAGCUAGUCUUGAGGUUGCGUAAUAGAUCAACUCAUCAGGAGAGACCAAGAAGAUAUUGUUCCAAUAGCAUCACUACGAAGACAUAUUGUUUCAUUUGGUUGUCAAUCCUCCWGGGCGAUCCAUGUCCAAAGAUCCGAGAGAAAAAUCAAUAUUUCUACAUCCACUACUGUAUCCGUUCAAAAGCGCUCCGUAUCAUGAUCCUAUCUGUCGCUACCCGUCGUUUCAUUGGGAAAUGUUCUGGUCGUAGUGCGUUUGCUACCCGUGGCUUGAGUAGAGCUUGCUCCACUUUUGCUUCUUCGUUGAAUCCUUCCAAAACAACAACAUCAUCAUCAACAACAACGAAAUUGAGAAGACCGGGGACGUGCUUCAACCCCGCCAUACCUCCCCACCCACAACUGCAACAAAGUCAGCGAAGGUCCCUCCACUUGACACCUCGUGAAAUYGACCAUCUCAGGCUGCACGAGUGCGGGCGGCUUGCCCAGUACCGUCUGGCACGUGGAUUGAAGCUGAACAUUCCCGAGAGCGUCGCCCUCAUUACGAGCGUCAUGAUGGARCGCAUACGGGACGGGGAAACCAGCGUCGCUGAUCUAAUGUCUCUUGGCCAGUCGYUGUUGGGUCGUCGACAAGUUCAGGCCGGUGUUCCAGAUAUUGUCAAGGACGUUCAAAUCGAGGCAACCUUUCCGGACGGAACCAAGCUCUUGACGGUUCACGCGCCCAUCAGCAAGCUGGACGGAGACUUAAAUUUGGCCCUGGAGGGCUCCUUCCUGCCGGUUCCUGAGCUUAGCGUCUUUGGCGACCUAGAGGAAGAAAAGCCGGGAGCUGUGACUCUCGYAGAAACAGAAGAAGGUAUCACUCUAAACAGCGAUCGACUUGACUCGCUCGUGGAACUCAGUGUAACGAACACAGGAGACAGACCCAUCCAGGUGGGUUCUCAUUAUGCCUUCCUUGAAACCAAUAAGGCCCUCUCUUUCGACCGUCAGGUCAGUAUUGGUAAGCGCCUCAAUAUUCCUAGCGGAGCUUCCGUAAGAUUUGAGCCCGGUGAGACCAAGACUGUGACUCUAGUCGACAUUGGCGGCUCUUGCAAUGUCGUUUCCGGUAAUAGAUUGCACAACGGCGAGAGAAGCAACGAGAAUGCCAUAAUGGAUCGGGURUUGUCUCAAGGAUUCCUUCACGAAGCUGCUGCCGAAGUUCCCAAAGGACAGCCGUUAGUGGUAGAACGAAGCUCUUACGCCGAUAUGUACGGUCCGACCACGGGUGACAAAAUUAAGCUAGGAGAUACCUCGCUAGAGAUCCAGGUUGAACGCGACCUCACAASUUAUGGCGAGGAGUGCAAGUUUGGCGGGGGCAAAACAUUGCGAGAGGGAAUGGGCCAGGUGUGUAUUAUCUGAGUGUUAAAUUUUGAUGUUUUGGUKGGGAUUGUAUUUAUCGUACAGGGAARKUUUUAUUUCUAGAUUGUCUGACCUCAGAUGAUUUUUUCUGUCAAUCUUUUCGAAUUUGUCAAUGAUUUUAAACUAAUAUAUGUGGCAUACUGCAAACACUUAGUCCACAAGCAUUCAAUCCGAUGUGGCCCUGGAUGUAGUGAUUACCAAUGCGCUUAUUGUCGACAGUGUUACCGGCAUUAUUAAGGCCGACAUUGGUAUUAAAGGAAAUAAGAUUGUUGGCAUUGGGAAGGCUGGAAAUCCAGAUAUGAUGAGCGGGGUUGUUGAUGAGAAUAUGAUUGUUGGUGCGACCACCGACGUGAUUGCUGGCGAAAAACUGAUUUUGACAGCCGGUGGUAUUGACACGCACGUUCAUUACAUCUGCCCCCAGCAAUUUGAGGACGCUGUAGCAUCUGGAUUGACCACUAUGUUUGGCGGUGGCACCGGUCCUUCGGCAGGAACAUCUGCCACUACUUGUACACCGGCCCCUUCCCAGUUUGAAAUGAUGCUGAAGGCCACUGAUGGCAUCCCCAUGAAUUUCGGUUUCAGCGGAAAAGGUAAUACAUCCGAUUCAAGUGUUUUGAAAGAGUGUCUCWUGGCUGGAGCUGCCGGCUUCAAGCUACACGAGGAUUGGGGUACGACUCCAUCGGCCAUCGAUUCAUGCCUGGGCUUCGCAGACGAGCAUGAUAUUGCUGUUACAAUCCAUACUGACACGCUUAACGAGAGCGGCUUUGUCGACGAUAGUAUWGCUGCAAUGAAAGGGCGAACGAUCCAUACUUAUCACACGGAGGGGUAAGUCAGACUUGUUURUCUUUCUACAUCGUUUCGGAAURCARUCUGAAAGAAUUGUUUGAAUUUGUUUCUUCCUUCUAACGGUCACGAUUCAUUGUGAUUUUUCGGGUCUGGUACGUUUUGUAAAAUGACAAUGAAUCUAAUCCAACGRAAAAGUGCGGGGGGAGGUCAUGCACCCGAUAUCAUCAAGAUCGUAGAGGAACCCUACGUCCUCCCUUCCUCUACGAACCCCACAAGACCUUUCACGGUCAACACAAUGGAUGAGCAUCUUGAUAUGCUGAUGGUCUGCCACCACCUAGACUCGAGUAUCCCAGAGGAUGUAGCCUUUGCCGAAAGCCGGAUUCGUGCAGAAACGAUUGCUGCCGAGGAUAUUCUUCACGAUAUUGGUGCGAUUUCAAUCAUUUCCAGUGACAGUCAGGCCAUGGGCCGCGUCGGUGAGGUAAUCACCAGAACAUGGCAGACGGCAUGCAAAAUGAAGACGCAACGGGGUGCACUGGACGAAGAUUCUAGCAAGGGUAAUGACAAUACACGCGUAAAACGAUACCUGGCGAAGUACACCAUCAAUCCGGCUAUCACCCAUGGCAUGUCCCAGCACGUUGGAAGCGUCGAGGUUGGGAAGCUUGCGGACCUAGUCCUAUGGAAACCGAGCAUGUUCGGUGCAAAACCCGAAAUGAUCGUAAAGGGAGGUGCCAUUGCCUGGUCCCAAAUGGGCGACCCGAACGCUAGUAUCCCGACCCCACAGCCUGUCCAGAUGCGUCCCAUGUUYGGUGCGAUGGCUACCGGUAGSGGCCAAGAAGACAACCGAUCUAUCGCCUUCGUGUCAAAAGCAGCUGCCGAGAUCGGGAACGUUCGGGACAAGUACGGCUUGACGAAAUCUGUGGAGGGUGUAACGAAUUGUCGCAACGUAACAAAACAUGACAUGGUGUUGAAUGAUGCUUUGCCUCGUAUGGAGGUUGAUCCCGAAACGUUCGAGGUAAAGGCUGACGGAGAGAUUCUCUAUUGUAAACCACUCGAGAAAGUACCCCUAGCGCAGAAAUACUUCAUUUUUUAAAUGUACGGUAUUCCGCAUCAAUUUGCAACAUAAGAAACUAAGUGAGUUAAUAUUAUCAUAGCUKAAGAUACAGAAAACGACUUCACCGAAGGAAGGAAAAAGAGUGAAAGAAGAGAACAUGUAUUUCGGCAGUUAGUACCAGUUAUUUCGAAGUAAAAUGCGUUAACAGUAAAAUCCUACCGGGCMUACAGACCUCAAUGUCAUUCUACUCCAACAGAAAAAAUUAUUACUAGUAAAAUCACRGUUAAUUU